AUGAACGGUCGGUUUGCCACCUCCGGGAAUCCGCUUCUCCACGUGGACCUCCAAAUCGAUGAGCAUGAACCUCGAAGAGGAAUCCUGGAGCUCCUCAGCAGACUGCGUCCUCAAUGGAAGGCGACGGACAUUCAGAUGAAGACAUUCACAGAAGGAAUCACCAACCAGCUGAUUGGCUGCUACGUGGCUUCCCUCCAGGAGCCCGGUUGCGUUCUGGUGCGUCUGUACGGCAAAAUGACGGAGCUCUACGUGAACAGGGACCGGGAGGUGGAGAUGUUGCAGGUCUUCCACACCCACGGCUGCGGUCCGCAGAUCUACUGCAGCUUCCAGAACGGCAUCUGCUACGAGUUUGUGAGGGGGACGGUGCUGGACGACGAGCUGCUGCGGCAGCCCUCCAUCUACAGAUUGAUUGCAGCGGAGAUGGGGAGGAUCCACUCCAUCCAGCCCAAAUGCGGUCCGCCCGUUGAACCUUUCCUCUGGACAAAGAUGUCCCACUUUCUCACCGUGGCGCAGAGCAGCGUCAGCAAUGCUUGUGCCUCUUCCAGUCCCGUGGCUACACAAGAGGUGCCCAGCUUCGAGACCCUGUCCGUUGAACUGGAGUCCCUGAAGAGACACCUCUCGCAGGUCGACUCGCCGACGGUCCUCUGCCACAACGACCUCCUGACCAAGAACAUCAUCUACAACCACAAAGAGGGAAUGCUGAAAUUCAUUGACUACGAGUACGCCGAUUACAACUACCAGGCCUUCGAUAUUGGCAAUCACUUCAAUGAAUUUGCCGGUGUGAACGAAGUGAACUACGGCCUCUACCCGGGCCCGGAGCUGCAGAGGGACUGGCUGACGGCCUAUCUGGAGAGCUACAAGCGCAGCACAGGAAGUGAGGUCACGGUCACCGAGGCAGAAGUUACGCAGCUCUACGUUCAAGUCUGCAAGUUCUCCCUGGCAUCGAACUUCUUCUGGGGUCUUUGGGGCAUCCUGCAGUCACGCUUUUCUUCGAUUGACUUUGACUUCCUGAGAUACGCCGCGGCACGACUCAGCUACUACUUUGAGAAGAAAGAGGAAUAUUUUGGUUUGACAAUAAGCUUAAAAAACUGA